AUGGAGUUUAAAAACACAAAAAUAUAUUAUUUCGGAGAUAUCAAUGACGGCUGCUGGUCCGAGAGAACCGAGGUCCACAUGGCAGCGUCGAUGGGUCGGGCUUCACAUCUGCAGCACCUCAUUGCAUGUGGUGUGUCUGUGAACAUUGUGGCCUUGGACUCGUUGACACCCCUGCACGAGGCCUGCAUGCAUGGGCAGGUCCAGUGUGUAGAGUUGCUGCUGGAUGCUGGAGCACUGGUGGAUGUGAGAAAUGACGACGGCAACACUCCACUUUGUGAUGCCUGUGCUGUGGGCAGUUUGGCUUGUGUGAAGCUCUUGCUGGAACGAGGUGCCAAGGUCAACCCUCCUCCGACCUCUCGUACUGCCUCACCACUUCACUUGGCCUGUAUGAGCGGCAACUCGGAAUGCGUAAAGCUCCUGAUUGCUAAGGGUGCUUCACUGGAGGAUUACGACCUUUACUGCGGGACCCCGCUGCAUGUAGCCUGUAAUGAUCAACACACAAACUGUGUGAAAGAGCUGCUCAAUGCAGGCGCCAACGUGAAUGCAGUCCGGUUGCACCGCACCCCGCUCCAUCUCGCUGCAAAAGGUGCGCAAGUGGAGAUGAUCGAGACCCUCAUGGAGUUUGGCGCCAACAUUUACGCCCGGGAUAAACAUGACAAGAAACCCAUCGAUUUCGCCACACCGGUCUCUCCAGUUGCCGCCUGCCUGCGGUCCUACGAAGUCAACCCUUUGAAUCUACAACAACUCAGCAGAUUAGCAGUGCGGCGACAACUGGGAACCAGAGCCCUGAAGGUUGUAGUCCAACUCAAGAUACCAAAGCUGAUUAUCAGAUACCUCUGCUAUCAGUGA